GUGUCUAUUAAAUGCUUGGUAACUCUGCACUUUAAUGACAACAAACAAUAACCAAAUAAACGCGGAAACUUAUAUUUUACAAUAAUAAUGGACGGCAAUGUAGGUAAACUGACUGAAGAAUCUCGGAAACGCAAAGAAAGGCUUCAAAAAUUGCGGGAUCAAGUUCAAAACAAAACCGGAGAAUCCUCGGAACAGAAUGAAAAAUUACCAAAGCCUGUCUUCCGGAGCUAUAAACCUCAGAAUGAGAACACUGACGGUGAGGUGUUGGCGCAGGAACCCACAGGAAACAUUGAAUCCGCCGUUGAGGGUCAGCUGAAUCUUCUCCAGCAGCCCAUGGUAAUCGAAGAGAUAGAUAUAACCAACCUGGCGCCCCGCAAACCAGAUUGGGAUCUCAAGCGCGAUGCCAGCAAAAAGUUGGAACGUUUGGAGCGUCGUACUCAAAAGGCUAUUGCCGAGCUCAUCCGGGAAAGGCUGAAACUAAACCAAAUUGAGGACAUCAGCCAGGCGGUUAAUGUAGGGACUGCCCAUGCGGGCGAAAACACUGGUGAGGAUUAUGACUAGAGCCGAACAAUACAAUUACUUUUACUAAACUUGUACAAAACGAGAAUAAAUUAACAAUAAGUAAAA